AUGGGGAAUCUGAUGUGGGCGGGGGCUAAGAGAAUCACUGGAAUGGGGUCUGAACUAGAAGUAGAGGCGGAAGCUCUGCGUUGGGCCGCUCAGGUUCUGACUGGAUUUGGCUAUCGGAAUGUCACCUUUGAAACUGAUUCUCAGGUUCUCUCGAAGAUGUUGAGUGGAGAGGAAGCAACCUGGCCGAGAGUGAGACCGUUCAUUCAAGAGAUAGGUGCAUCCGUUUCAGGAAUGAAUGAGGCGGAGGUGGUUUACUACCCAAGAAGUGGUAACAAAGUUGCAGAUAGAAUAGCGAAGGAGACUGCUACGUUUACGUCCUUUGUCCCUAAGCUGUAUUCUAUUGUGCCUAGUUGGUUGUUUUGCUUGUAUGGAGGUUGA